CCUGUUGCUCUGUUAGCCUUGUUCGUGAUUUUGUUUCUGAUUUCUGUGUGUAAUGCGGCUAUUUCAAUGGGUUUUUGUUUCUCCGUUGUUUGUUUGGACUGGUAGAUGAAAUUUUGGUUUGAUUUUGUUUGUGGGUUUGGAUUUCUGAAAUUGGGUUUUGUGGGUUGUGGCUUGUUUCUGAUUUCUAGCUUCAAAUGCGGCAUGUAAUGCGAUCUUCACAAUGUAUUGUGUGUAUCAUUCGUUUGUUAGGACUGAGAGUUUUGGUGGGUUGGCCUUGUUUUUCUUGUUCGCUUGUUCUUUAAUGGUGUUAUGGGAUGAACACUGAGUUGCAGAAAUUCUCUGUUCAAUUUAGGGUGAGACAAAACUGUGGAGUUUGAACUUUGAAUGACCUUUCAAUAUGUUGAAUGAUUGCCAUUCAAAUGAUGUAAAGGCCAAUACCAGCGCCCAUCAGAACAAUGAACUCGACCUUGAGAAGCAGAGAGUGGGUCAGCCAUCAUCAGCAUUGGAGCUAUCUACCAGUGAUGCUGAUGCUAAUACACCUACUCCUCCAUUGACAAUUGUUGUUUCUACUAGCUCUCAAGAGGGAUUGUUGCCUAAAAAGGAGCUGUUGUCUGCCACUUCUAGCUCUGAUGAGCAGUGCAGAAUUUGUCAGCAAGACAAGGAAGAAGUCUUGAUAGAACUUGGAUGUCAUUGUCGAGGUGAUCUCGCAAACGCUCAUCGAACUUGCAUAGAUACUUGGUUUCAUACUAAAGGAUCGAACAGAUGUGAGAUAUGCCAGGUCGUAGCGGCGAACGUAGCACCUCCACAAUCACAUCAUGGUGUAGACCAACUACUGGAUGUGGAGGAUCGAUCCGACCUACAGAAAUCAAGAACCCCAAAGGCACUGCUUCAGUCCACUUUGGCUGGCUUUUACCAUCCUCAUAGGGGGUUUGCUACUGGACGUUCUUAUAUCCAUCACACUCGGUGUUUCUGCGUUGCCCGUAAAUAUCAUCAUCGGAGUUAUUGUGGUGCUUGGACUUGGAACUGUGUUUCGACUUGCUGUGGAGUUCGUUCAGGAGUGGAAUUCAACGAGAGUAUCGCAAAGGGUGGAAUCAAAUGUUACCAUUGGGUACUUUCCAGCUAUAUAGUCUUCCACUGUUUGUUUCAAUAUGAAAAAUAAAACCAUUAAUAAAUAAUGUCAAAAUAUAUCUUAGUUUUGUCUUU